AAAACAAUAACAAAAGUAGCACGUGGUGUUUGCACUUUUUUACGGGGUCUGGCUGACGGGUCGUUGUGCCUCUUUCACACCUUCCUUGGCGUAAAUCUAUCAAGAACCCUGUAAAGCAGGUAUUUGGGCUAUGGCAGAUACAGUCGGAAAAGUUAUCAGCUGUAAAGCUGCUGUUGCUUGGGCUGCCAAGGAGCCUUUAAAGAUCGAGACAGUAGAAGUUGAUCCUCCCAAAAAAGGAGAAGUACGUAUCAAGAUAGUUGCAACUGGAGUUUGUCAUACUGAUGCGUAUACAUUAAGUGGUGCAGAUCCUGAAGGUGUGUUUCCAGUGAUACUAGGUCAUGAAGGAGGUGGAAUUAUCGAGAGUAUUGGUGAGGGUGUAACAUCGGUAAAGCCAGGGGAUCAUGUGGUGCCCUUGUACAUACCACAGUGCUAUACAUGCAAAUUUUGUAAAUCUACGAAAACAAAUCUGUGCAGUAUUGUACGGUCAACACAAGGAAAAGGUCUAAUGCCUGAUGGAACAAGUCGAUUCAAAUGCAAUGGAAAAGAAUUAUUUCAUUUUAUGGGCUGUAGCACUUUCAGUGAGUACACUGUGUGUGCAGAGAUAUCAGUUGCUAAGGUUGCUGACAAUGCUCCUCUUAACAGAGUAUGCUUGUUGGGUUGUGGAGUGUCCACUGGAUAUGGUGCAGCAUUGAAUACUGCAAAGGUCGAAGCUGGUUCUAACUGUGCAGUGUGGGGUAUUGGCUGUGUUGGAUUGGCUACCAUAAUGGGCUGCAAAGAAAAAGGUGCAUCCAAAAUAUAUGCAAUUGAUAUCAACCCGGACAAGGAGAAGGUGGCAAAAGAGUUCGGCGCCACAGAUUUUAUUAACCCAAAGGACCACGAUCAACCAAUACAGCAAGUCUUGCAAGAAUUGACAGAUGGAGGGUUAGAUUAUACAUUUGAGUGUGUCGGUAACGUGCACACAAUGAGGGCUGCGUUGGAGUCGUGCCAUAAAGGAUGGGGACAAUCCAUUAUUAUGGGUGUGGCUGCCUCUGGGCAAGAAAUCAGCACAAGGCCGUUUCAGCUGGUCACUGGAAGAGUGUGGAAGGGAUCUGCAUUCGGAGGUUGGAAAAGUCGUGACAGUGUACCGAAGCUGGUUGAUAGGUACAUGAAGAAGGAGUUGAAAGUGGAUGAGUUUGUCACUCAUAACUUCACUCUGGAUAAAAUUAAUGAUGCUUUUACUGCUAUGCAUGAAGGACACUGUAUCCGUUCAAUCGUCGAUUUUUAAAAGAAUGGUCGAUGCAACCCAAUCGAUUCAGUUUUGCUACUGUUCUGUUAAUUAUUGAAGCGAAUUUAUUUGAUUCGUUAUUUUUGGAUAAAAUAUAGAUCAAAGAAUAUUCUUAACUUUGUUUUUUUGUAUAAAAGAUAGAUUUAAUUUUGUAUUUCGUAUAAUAGUUAUUGAUUUAAAGAUCAUUUGCUUUUAUGCAAAGUGGAUAA